UAUUUUAAACAAAUAUUUUAAAUUCCAAAUUAGUUCAAUUGUUUCUUUCGAUUCGCUUUAAUAUUACAUUUAUGAGUACCAAAAGUCUUCAGUAAAUAAUGCGACUGUACUGCAAGAUGUCGCACAUAUUAAAUAUAACCCGAUGCAUCAGUUACCACUCGCCCGUGCUGCGUCCGCGCUUUCUGCUCAAUGAGCGGGCGAGGCGGCUGAAGAGGAUUGGCUACCAGGCCAUGCCAUGCCCCGUGCAGUUGUACUCGCAGAGUGCCACGAACAAGGUGUUCACCUUCAAUGGCAGGGUCAACAUGCUGCGCAAGCGCAUCAGCUUCUCGGGGUCACCAGGCGGCACACCGGAUGGUUCAAGGAACGUCAUUCCGAUUGGAUUGAUUACGCCGGAGAAGCAGGAUGGCAAGGAUCUGAAGAUUGUGAUUGUGCCGCUGGAUAUAGCUGGCAUGGAUGCCAACGAGCUGCAGGAAACGCUGAAGAGCAUCAACCAGCUGCGCAAAUAUGCCAAUGAGAUCGAUGCCUUCUCCAGCAGCAUGGUGGAUGACUUCAAUGCGAUGAUGCGGGAGGCAAACAGUGAGGCAGCGCAGAUAAAGGAGCUGCCAGCAGCUGGAGCUCAGACGAAGGAGCUACCAGCAGCUGGAGCUCAGACGAAGGAGCUGCCAGCAGCUGAGGAACAGCAGCCUGUCGCCGCAGAGCACGCAGAAUUCUGGCAGUCCUACACCACAACCCCAAGCACAGCGGACACGGACAUCGAUGCCAUUGCCAGUGGCAGAACGAACCUGGAGGCUCCUCCGCUUGAGCAGCGUGCCAUGACGGGCUCGGUUCUAGACAGCAAUCUGACAACCUCCAGCCUGCCAACGACAACAACGAGACUGCCGACCACCACGCAGCCCAAGGUGCAGACACAGGAUCAGGCAAAGGCGCACACCCAGGCCAAGGUGCAGCUGCAACCCGAAGAGCCUCAAGACAAAGGACCUGCGCAGCCGCAGCCGCUGCCCAAGACACUUCCCAUCCAGGACCCCGUGCAGGCACAGCCACAGGGCACAGAGAACCAACUCUCAGCCGCCGAGCCAGAGGCCACUGGUGAGGACUUGCAGGGCGUCAUGAUUUCCGUGCCCCGAACACUGAGCGAUCGUCUGAACGACUUGGCCAUCUCCUCGAUGGAGCUGUCCUUCGAGAUGGACAUGACCAAUGUGCGCGAUGCCAUCGAGUGCAAGCAGACGGGCGGCCAGGCGCUGAUGCCCAACAAUCCCGUGGUGUCGAUGAACACCCGCGUGGAGCUGGCCACGCCCGUCAUGCCCGAUCACACGGUGCCGCUGCGCUUCAAUGCGCUGAUCGCAGGCGUCGUCAAUGUGGACAUGAAGAAGCUGGAUCUGGAGAGCAUGACCGAGGACCAGGUGCCGGACUUCAAUGACGAUGUCACCUCGCUGGCGGCCAAUCUGUGCAGCGCCGCUCUGGAGAACGGGCUGUGCCCCGAUCAGAAUGCUUUUCAGCAGGCAACGGGAGCCGCUCCAAUGAUCGAAGACACGCCCAUGGAGCUCAGCGACAAGGAGCUGUCGGAGAUGACGGACCAGGAGCUGUCGGCCCUGAAGCACCAGUAUGCGGCGCGUCUCUCGGAGCUGCAGAGCGAGUUGUGCGCCGUGGAGCAGAUGGACCCAGCCAUGACAGUGGCCGCCAUCGCCAAGUCCUUGACUCACGAGCGGGAGCUGCCCCAGAUUUCGACGCAGGCACGCGCGGCACUCAAUCGCAACCAGAGCCAGAAGCACAUGAAGCAGACCACAGGAGCAGCAGCAACUCCAACUCAGGUCAUGUCCACGGCGGAGCCCCAGGAGGAGUUCCAGGGUCCAUUUCUGCGCGAUGGCUGCAAGCACGGAGUCAUCAAGCCGAAGAAGAAGUGCAAGAAGAAGUGCCCCCUGGACGAUCCCUGCAAGGAGGACAAGUGCAAGCGCCCCAAGAAAGGCGACAAGAAGUCGCCCCGGAAGAAGGCGUCCUUGGAUGCCAGCCAGAUCCGUGCCAGUGGUGGCAAGUCCUCGGGUGGUGGCAAGAAGGCAUCUCCGUGCGGCAAGAAGGGCGGCAAGGGCGACAGCAAGGACAAAAAGAAGAAGGAUCCCUGUGCCAAGAAGGACGGCGGCAAGAAGAAGGAUCCCUGUGCCAAAAAGGACGACAAAAAGAAGAAGGAUCCUUGCGCGAAGUUCAAGUCCGGCGAAAAGAAGGAUCCGUGCGCCAAGAAGGACGACAAAAAGAAGAAGGAUCCUUGCGCGAAGUUCAAGACCGGCGAAAAGAAGGAUCCGUUCGGCAAGAAGGACGACCAAAAGAAGAGCCCGUGCGCCAAGAAGAGGGACAGGUUCGGCAAGAAGGACGAGCAAAAGAAGGACCCGUGCGCCAAGAAGGCCGGAAAAGCUGACAAGAAGAAGAAGGAUCCCUGCGCGAAGUUCAAGAAGAGCCCCAAGAAGGAAAUUAACAAGAACAAGAAUAAGUGCGGCAAGAAGGGCGGCAACGACAAGAAGAAGACUGAUCCCUGCAAGAAGAAGUACUCGACAUUCCGUGCCCCAUUCCCGUACCGCAACACUCCCAAGUGGCAGAACCGUCAGGCGGCUGGAGCCAAGUCUCCGGUCCGUGAGUCUAGCCAUGCGGCUGCCACUCCCACUCCCUGCCCCUGCCGUUACCUCAUCUACUCGACACUCGUGCGGCGUCACUAUGGCGGCAAGCCGACCAAGACGCAGCUCUGUGGCUUGGCCACUGGCGAUGUGACCACCUGGCAGCGGGGCUAUGCCAAGGGCAAGAAGGAGGAUGGCGGCAAGUGCUCGGGGCUCGAACAGAAGUUCCCACUGAAUCGCGGCAAGGACAAGAAGGCGCGCACCAAGCCACGCACCGACUGCUACAUCGAUGGCGAGGAGUGCCCCAAGAAGUGGUGCACCGGCACCUGUGCCAGCGUGAAGUUCCCACGCAAGAAAUGCGACAAGAGCAAAAAGAAGAAGAGGUCGGGCAAGAAGAGCAAACCCACUACAGAAGGAAGUAAAUUGCUUUCGCCGCAACCGUUCGCUGCCUUGGCUCUGGCCCACUGGCAGCGCAGGAAAUUCUCCUGCCAGCCCCAGACAGAACUCGGUGACAAUCGCAGCCGCUAUAUGAUCAAUAUUCCCAGACGCUAUGACAUCGAGAUGCUGGCAUUACCUUUAGCCAAGCCCAAGGAGUAUGAGGCCAUCAUACGCGUUGGCUCUGUCGCGCUCAGCGGUUCGGACAUUCACAUCUAUGAGAACGGCAAUGAGCACAUGAAGGACAUGACGCUGGGCCACGAGGCCACGGGCUUUGUGGAGCAGCUGGGCUCCUGUGUGCAGAACCUAAAACUCGGCGAUCGUGUGGCCUGUGAGGCGACGAUUACCUGCGGCUUUUGCGACCUCUGCAAGGAGGGACGCUACCAAAUGUGUGAGCAUCUGUGGUACAAGGGCUUCCUGGGCACCCAUCAGGUCCAUCAUGCCGAUCUCUGCCAUCGAUUGCCCGAGAACAUCACCAUGGAGGAGGGCAGUCUCAUCCCGACACUGGCCGCCGCCUGUGCCGCCUGCCUAAAGGGUGAAAUAUUGCCCCUCAGCAAUGUGCUCGUCAUAGGCUCGGGCGCCAGCGUUAUAGCUGCGGGCCUGGUGGCCAAAUGCCUCAAUGCCAAGCAGGUGACACUUGCCACCAGCAUGAAUGCAACACGGGAGAUGGCCAGCACGGAGUUCGGCCUCAACUGCGUGCAGUUCGACUCGGGCAGUCGGUACAACGAGGUGCUGGAGUCCAUCUACAGCCAGGGCCGGGGUUGGCCCAAUUUGGUCAUCAACUUUGCCAUCUCCGAGCUGACAAUGAACCUCGCCAUAAUGGCGCUGAAGCCCUGCGGCAUCUGUGUGCUGGCCGAGUGCGCCUCGGAGGUGGCCAGCUUCAAUACCGUCGAUCUGCUGAUGAAGAACAUCAAACUGAGGCCCAGUUUUCGCUACGCCAAUAUGUAUCCUCUAGCCCUGCAGCUGAUGUCAUCCAGGCUGGCGCCGCUGCGCAAAUUAAUUGGCAAAGCGUAUGCCAUUACGAGAGUGGAUGAAGCCUUUCAGGAAGCGCAGCGCGAGUCCAACACGGGCAUCAGGAAGGUAAUUGUCAACUGCUCGGAGUCCGACACAGGCCGUAGAACACUCCGAAGACGAAGACUAGACAAGACGUAACAUAAAUCGGUUCUU